AUGAUUCUAUUUCUGAUGAUGCUCAGCAUGAUUAUAACCGUGGACGCGUUCACGAUGGUUACCUUGAUUAUCUUUAAAUACAAGUUCGUUACGUUGAAAAAUUAUUUCGAAGAUUUGAAAGAGGACGUCGAGAGGAUCUGUGCAAUAGGCAAUUCAGAAAUGGCGGCCGAGAAGCUUGCAAUUGGACUUUUAGAGGGCGUUGUUAUGCAUAAGGAACUUCUUAGGUUAUCAAAAGAAAUAGACAAGGCCUUCGGUACCGUAAUGGCUUGUCAGUUGUGCCAGAGUUCUGGAUCAGCUGUCUCUCUUCUGUUGCAAAUAGCGGCAUCAUUGUUAUCAGAUUCAAUAUUCUAUUGUGGCUGGCACAUGUGCCCUACCAGAUCUCGAGGUCGUAAUCUUCGCAAAAUAGUCUCCAUAGCGUGCGUCCAGGCCCAACGUCCUCUCGUGAUGAAGGCGUUUAAAAUGCUGAAGCUAACAUAUGCUACUUUCCUUCAGGUCAUCAGAGGAACAUACUCGGUGUUCGCAUUAUUUUACGCACAAAAUAAAUAA